UGCCAGUGUUUAGUACAAAUUAUAAAUAGUAGCAUUGUGCGAAAAACAUUAAAAAAUGGAUAUUAUUCUACAGAGUUUUUACAUCUUCUUCGCUUUCUGUCUCGCAUUAUACUACACUCAAAAGCGACCUAAGAAUUUUCCACCAGGUCCUCAGUGGGUUCCAAUAAUUGGGAACAGUAUUCAACUAAGAAGAGAGGCGCGAAAGCUAAAAGGAACUCACAAUGUUUAUCAAAAGUGGUCAAAAGAACUCAACAGUCCAGACGUUAUUGGAUUUCGCUUGGGAAAACAACUGGUUGUCGUCGGAUUAUCGGUAAAGGCUGUGAAAGACAUUCACAUGAGAUCCGUUUUCGAAGGACGUCCAAGGAAUUUCUUCAUGAAAUUGAGGGCUUUCAACACUUUGGCGGGAAUAACAUCGGCCGAAGGAGAGCUUUGGCGAGAACAUCGCUCGUUCGCUAUGAAACGCCUUAGAAGUGUUGGAUUCGGAGGAGAUCCUAUGCAAGAGAUGAUGGAAAAGGAGCUUUUGGAAUUCAAAGCGAUCAUAGACAAGAAGAUGGAAGAAGUUGGAUCAGUUUGGCCGGGAGAAUUUCUGCAGAAAGCUGUGAUGAAUGUUCUGUGGACUUUCGUCGCCGGAAGCGAAGAUAAAGACAUUUUAUCUGAUAAAAUGUUUCAUCUGCUGAGUUUACGACUGAAAGCCUUCGAUUUGUCCGGAGGAUUAUUAUCAGACUUUCCCUGGCUGAGAUUUAUUGCUCCCGAAUUCUCUGGAUACAAUGUGAUGGUUCGAUUCAAUGAGGAAAUUCGAUCAUUCCUUGUAAGAAUUAUUGAUGAUCAUCACAGGAAUUACAGUGAAGAUAAGGCCAACGAUGAUCUCAUUUACGCCUUUAUUCAUGAGAUGAAAAAGCAGAUUAAUGAAAAGGAAACUUCCACUUUUACAGAUACUCAGCUAAUGAUCGUGAUAUUGGACUUAUUCAUAGCCGGAGCAAGUAGUACAAGUCUCACUUUUAAUAUCUCUUUGAUGACUUUAGUUCUUCGCCAAGAUAUCCAAGAGCAAAUCCAUGGAGAAAUACAAAGAGCACAGGAAGGCUUUUUAAAAAUUGCUCAACACAAAGAUUUUCCAAUCACUGAAGCUUAUCUCUUGGAGGUCGCGAGAUUUUACAACAUUGCUCCGAUUGGUGGUCCAAGACGAGCUCUCGAAGACACCGAUUUGUGUGGAUUCACCAUUCCGAAGGACACCACAGUUCUCAUUGGCCUGCAAUCUGUGCACAUGGACGAGAAAUUGUGGGGCGAUCCUGAAGUCUUCAGACCUUCGCGAUUCCUCGACGAGUCCGGAAAGAAGCUCUGCAACACUGAAAAUGUUAUUCAAUUCGGCGAAGGCAGAAGACAGUGUCUGGGAUUUUCUUUAGCCAAAGCGUUCAUUUUCACCUUCUUUACGGACAUCGUUCGUAAUUACACAUUAUCUUUGGCCAAUGGAGAAAAGCUUCCAAGUCAGGAGUUGGAUUGUGGUAUUAUGAAGAGGAUAGAACCUUAUAAGGUGGUUUUCUCAAAGAGAAAGUGAAGAUGAAAACUUGAUUAUGUAUGAUUUUGUACUGAACAAUGUUUGCUUCUCCAAC